CGGCAAACGCUUGGCAAAACGCAGCAUAGCAUAUAUGCAUUCAACUUACUCAGACUUCCUCACAGCAACUAUGACUCCUCCUUCGCAAACUUCGCCGGCGGGGUUGCUCAUACCGCUGACAUUCAAGAUUGGAAUUCUUUGCCUCAAGCGCCAAGUUGUGACUCUCAUGGGCUGUGCAAGGGUAAUCGUGACCAUGCAAGAGGUAUAGAGCGACGAGCGUCUGUGGAUUCACAAGUGCGCCGGCAAACAGGAAUAUCACACACAGCGCGCAGGGUAGAGAAGAUUUUUGCAGCAAGCUUUUGCUCGAGCUCACGCUGAAACCGCUCGGAGCGGAAUCGAAUAUCACCAAUGACAGUCGAAGAUGUAGCUCCCCUUAGCUUACGCACUGCUCGAAAACACGGACCAUACUUCAUACCAUCAGUGCACCUGCCUCCUCUCAAGCACAGACCUCGAGGGUCGGUGCUCGCUCAAGCACUCUCACACCUCGCACUCGCCCUGCGUCUCGAUGGACACGAAAAUGUCCACGUCCCAAUGCUCGAACGAGCAAGUGCAAAGAAAGCGGAUGCGCUGGACAAGAGGGAGUUGACAGAUCCUAUACAAGCUCAAGCUCAGGAAUCGCCGGUCCAAUUUCAAGCAGCCGCGGAAGAUCAGGAGACUUCGCAGGCGGAGAAUCUCUUCGAGCUCAGGUACUCAAGGAUCUGGCUUUCCGCUUUGGUCAAGACUGGACUAGCAUGGGUCGACGAUGACCCGACGCGAGCGGAAACCGCAGAUGAAGAUGUGACUGUGCUUUUGGACCGCGCAACGGAACUUUUGAGCGCCUGCGCAGGCAAAAGUGCUUCCGGACCGAUCUUUAGGAUUUACCACUUCAACUCGCCCGUGGGAAGUCUAGCAGUCAAAAUGCGCGACGGUACAUUGACCGCUGAUGCCUUGGGCUCGAGAACAUGGGGCUCCGCACCCAUUCUCGCGCAGCAGUUGAUGAGCCCUUUCUGCAGGCUUGUCAACGAGAAAAAGCCCCCUGGCAAGACUUCUGCCAUGCAAAUUCUGGAACUUGGAGCUGGAACGGGUCUGGUCGGUCUUGCUAUCGCUGCCCUCGUCCAACGCAUGAAGCCCAAUCUUCGCGCAAACGUUUGCCUGACAGACUUUCAUCCUGACGUGCUCGAAAAUCUUGCAUUCAACGUCAGGCAGAAUUUCUCAAGUGAUCUCGCUGAGCCGGCCGGUCAUUCAGUCCAAGGUCAAGUCAGUGUCGCACACUUGGACUGGUCUCAAGUGUCCAAGGAAGCAGCGCCAGACCAAUCGCAUAAUUCGACUGACGAUCAUAGAGAGGCUUUGAGUGCUCACCCACAGAACGACAUGAUUGUAGCCGCGGACUGCUGCUAUGAACGGCAUCACGCUGUGUGGCUACGAGCGACCGUAGAGCGAUAUCUCAGCAGAGAAUACGUGCUCGGUAAUGAUCGCUGCAACGAAAACUCUCCGCUCGGAGCGCUUCACUUGCUCAACGCCAUCCGCGCGACGCAUUCAUACGAAAGCCGAGCUAUCGAAGAAGUCUUUCCUGCCGUUGCAGAGCCAACAAGAGGCCAGAAUGACCAACUCGAGCGCACCUCCCUGCAGCUCCGUAUUGUGAAUCAGAUGGAUUUCGAAGGUUAUGACGACUUUGGGCCACCUACGCUACGACUCGAUGUGCCUCUUGACCAUGCGCGGGUCUCAACCUCGGCCGAGCACACGUGUUGGGAGCAGCACUCUACAGCAGGCACUCGCACGCGAUUUAGGUAUCAUCAAAUUCGGUGGUGUCAAAUUGCUGUGGAAUGAAUCAAAUUCAUCCAAAUGGUCACGAAACACCGCGACCACGAACGCACAAAUGGAGAU